GUGGCAUGCAGAAAAACCUGCCACAUGACUCGCAAAGCAGGAAGUGAGUGCUUCAGUCUCACAAAGUGUACUGUACAUCCAGCAGGAAAGUCCGUCUUGAUCAGUGGUUAUUCAUUUUUUUUUUAUCCCCCCACAGUCGGUUGAAAAAUAAACGAUCAAUAACAUCAAGAUGUUUAGGAGGAUUCUCUUUGUGACCCUUGUGCUGUCUGUUUUGGGGACUUCUAUAGGCGUAGAAACGAACUGUACAGAACUGGCGUCCUGUGAUCUGUGCACAAACACAACUGAAUGUGUGUGGAUGAAUUGCCCAGAUGAAAAGUUGUCCUGCUAUAGCAGUAAUACUAGUUUGGAGGCUAACUGCACCAACACCGCCUGCUCAACUAAUACAACAACGACUACAACUCACCCAGACCUGACCACCACAGCGACUGCCAACGUCACCACAACGACUGCCAACUCCACCAGUGAAUCUACAUCUGCACAAGCCACGUCCAUUUCCACUGCAUCUACCCCAUCAAAUGCCACCACAACAGCGCUGCCUCCCACUCCUAAGAAGAAAGCGACGUUCGAUGCUGCCAGUUUCAUCGGCGGUAUCGUCCUCGUGCUCGGCCUUCAAGCCGUUAUCUUCUUCCUCUACAAGUUUUGCAAGUCCAAGGACCGCAACUACCACACUCUGUAAAAAAAAAUAUAUAUAUAUAUGGCACCGUUUAGACACACCAUGUUGCACAUCAACUACAUGUACACACACACACACACACACACACACACACACACACAAACUCUUCGAUCUUCCUCCAUCCUCUUGUGCCACAUGAUUAUUUGAUGCCUGUGGUUUGAGCUUUAUAUGUAAAUGAAGUGAGGAUGUGAGUAAACACACACACACCAUAAAUUGUCCCCCAGAAGCAGUGGCAUUGUCACUUAACCCAUUCCCAUGUCUUAGUUUUCUUAUUCACAUGGUCGUCUUUCCCAGCGGUUCAAUUAAAAAUAAUCGCUCCACCGCUCCAGGCUGCGUAUCAUGACAUCGACGCCGCCAUUUUGUUCUCGUUUUAGUCCGAGCAGGUUUUCGAUGCCACUGCUUCUACGAGGUGGAGGUUAAACGUGACCACGGCCCGUUUCCUUACAUUUAAGCAUCAUCUGAUCAGGGUUAUGUUUCGACACGCAAGUGACAUCACACUAUUUUUGUCUGUUUGUUUUUGUUUUCUGCAUACCUUGUUCACGCAGACUUCGCAUCAUGAGAACAGAGGGCCAAUACGCUCCUCCACCCACACAAUAUCAGUCUCCCUGAUGCCAUAGAUGCAUGUUGACAUUUUUUUUGUGUGUGCUGUAAUUUAUUUCUUGCUUGAAGCUUUUGCUUUAAAAAAAAAAAAAAAAAAAAAAAAGAAAUGACACCGCAUGACCUAUUUGCAAUA